AUGGAUGGAUUAAAUGACUCCUUGGUUUCUGAGUUUGUGUUGCUAGGACUGUCUAGUUCUCAGAAAACCAAAGUUUUCCUCAUUCUGGCAUUCUCCUUGCUGUAUUUAGGGAUCAUCCUGGGAAAUCUCUUCAUUGUGUUCUUGGUAAUUGCUGACUCUCAGCUACAGUCCCCUAUGUACUUCCUGCUGGCCAACCUGUCCCUCAUUGACGUGGGCCUUUCCUCUACUGCAAUCCCCAAGAUGAUCUCAGACCUUUCAAAUGAGUACAAAAUAAUUUCUUUCCAAAGUUGUAUGACUCAGAUAUGCUUCAUCCAUAUCAUGGGAGGAGUGGAGAUGGUGCUGCUCAUAGCCAUGGCAUUCGACAGGUAUACGGCAAUCUGUAAGCCUCUCCACUACUUGAACAUUAUGAGCCCUAAAAGAUGUGUUUCAUUUGUAAUCACGGGCUGGGUAACUGGAGUGAUCCAUGCUAUGUCUCAAUUUGCUUUUGUUAUCAACUUGCCUUUUUGUGGCCCUAAUAAGGUAGACAGCUUUUAUUGUGACUUUCCCAGGAUCAUAAAACUUGCAUGCACAGAGGGAGCCAAGUUUGAGUUUGUUGUUGCUGCCAACAGUGGGUUUAUGAGCAUGGGCACCUUCUUUCUGCUCAUCCUUUCCUACAUCUUCAUUUUGGCCACUGUCUGGAAACGUUCUUCUGGAGACUUAUCCAAGGCCUUUGUCACUUUGUCAGCUCACAUCACUGUGGUUGUUCUUUUUUUCACUCCAUGCAUGUUUCUUUAUGUGUGGCCUUUUCCCACAUCAUCAGUUGACAAAUAUCUGUUCAUUGUUGACUUUGCUGUCACCCCUGCCUUGAAUCCUGUCAUCUAUACAUUAAGGAACAAAGAUAUGAAGAUAGCCAUAUUAAGAUUGAGCAAACGGAGGCAUUAUGUCAGAUUGUGCUGA